CCCUGAAAUCUUGACCAAAACUUGUUGGUUAUACAGUUCUACUUUGUUGUGCUGGAUACUAUAAUGUUACCAGGGGAAAUAUCCUUAUGAUGAGACCUUUGCCUUCAGUUUCUGCAGCUUAUGGAAUGCUCAUACAAGAGGAAAAACAAAGAGGAAUUCAAAGUACACCUCACAUUGUUCCCGAUCAUGCUUCUCUUAAUGCAAACACUCAAUCAUCUUACAGAGGAAGAUAUGAAGAUAAAAGGAUCAUUAGCUGUGAUUAUUGCAAGAAGAAGGGACACACUGCCAACAAGUGUUACAGGCUUGUGGGAUUUCCCAAGGAUUAUAAGUUCAACAAGGGAAAGAAAAUGGCUGCCAAUGUGGUGAAUGAGGAAGAACCAGAAAUGAAUGAGUCUGAAGGCGGACAAAGCAAGACUGAUAGUACAUUCAAUCCUGAGAUUUACAGUCAAUUCAUGAGGUUUCUCAGCACAUGUCAUGGAGACAAAGGUCACAUUGCUGCUGAUUCAAACCUUUCACAAGCAUUUUCAGCACAUAUGGCAGGCCCAAUUGACCGGUUGAAUAUCCGGGUUACCCCACAAACCGGCAAGCCUGCCACCAAACCCCAAGUUCUCCCUCAUUUCAUCGCCGGCGGUUGGACGGUGGGGAAGAAGCGAACCAUGCGGUUUCAGAUGCUUAAACAACCCUUAUGCAGCUACUACGCAUUCACCUCGAGAAAUAGCUUCAAUUUCCUCUCCAAAUCAGAAUUCGCUCCUCAGUUCUCCGCAAAAUGGAUGGGAAUCAAGGGUCGCGUUUAUAGAGAUUUUGCAACAUCGGCGAAGAUUCAGAACAAGAAGAGGAGACUAGAUGAAAUAUGCUUGGAGAGAUACCAACAAUAUAGUAGAACAUUUAUACAGUCUUGGAUUCUACAAGGGAAGGUGCUUGUGGAUGGUAAAAUUGUGACCAAAGCUGGAACUCCAAUCCCUGAGAAAGCUGUUGUGGAGAUCAUAGCUGAAGUUCCAAAAUAUGUAUGUAGAGGUGGACACAAGUUAGAAGCUGCUAUUGAGAAACUGGAGAUUGAUGUAGCUGGAAAAGUUGCUCUAGACUCUGGAUUGUCAACUGGAGGGUUUACUGAUUGUUUACUUCAGUAUGGUGCUUCCUAUGUUUAUGGUGUUGAUGUAGGAUAUGGACAGGUUGCUGACAAAAUCCGUCGGGAUGAACGUGUAAGUGUUAUAGAGAGAACAAACCUGAGGUACCUUUCUGACCUUCCACAAAAGGUUGAUGUGGUGACUUUGGACCUCUCCUUUAUUUCAAUACUUCUGGUCAUGCCAUCCGUGGUCAAUUUGAUGAAGGAAGAUGCAACAUUAGUUACUUUGAUUAAACCUCAGUUUGAGGCCCACAGAAACCAAGUUGGGGGUGGUGGAAUAGUGAGGGAUCCAUUGGUCCAUCAAGAGGUCGUCGAGAAGAUUGUGAAUGGGGUGCAAAGUCAUGGCUUCCAUUGCAAAGGCUGGAUUGAGUCCCCAUUGAAAGGGGCUGAAGGAAACACAGAAUUUCUUGCUUGUUUCUACAGAGCAGCCAUUGAAAACACUGACCAAGCUGGGGAAUAGUAACUCGAUGUAAUGAUUAAUGGAAAUAAGUUUCAAAAAAAAUGAAGGCCUUGUAGAAUUGAGUGCAUUUAGUUUAAUGUUUGCUGGGAUUAUUCAGUUUUAUCCAUCCAUCAGUAAUUUACUAUUGAUUUUGUCUUUAGGAACUCUUUACUGCUACAUUCAAAAGAAAGUUCUAGUUUUGAU